AUGAGUAUUCUUCAGUCUCUGUGGCUUUCAGAUCCAACAAAUAGUAAUCAUGCUGGAACUGGCAAAGCUGACGAGCACCAUUUUGUAGAUACAUCAUCGUCUGGUGUUGAUGUCAACAGUGGAUCUGGAAAAAGUAGUGAUGGUAAAAAUAUCGACCCAUUUCAACCAGCACAUGAAGAUGAAAAAGAGGAUGAUAAACACAAGGAAGAUGACCUAAUAACCAAUGAAACGGUCAGAGACUAUGAAAGUCCCAAAGACCUACCAGAAUCGCCAACCUCUGCUGGACAAGACAAUUGUCCUUCUCUGAAAGAAGAAAGUGAAGCUUCCCAUUCUGGAAGUCCUUGUUCACUUAAAAGAGAAGAAUUAGCGAAAAUAAUUUUUAAUGAUCCAGAUCCUUUGUGGGUCCUCACAUUACUGACCAAGAUUGAGAAACAGUUUAUGAAACAUUACAUCAAUGCAAUGAAAGAGUUUAAAGUUAGAUGGAAUAUGGAUAAUAAUGAACAGCUUGAUUUUAUUAUUAAUGAGCUGAGAGGCGAAGUACACGGCAAAAUCCAAAAAAGUAUAGAUAGAGAACUUAAUAAGAUAAAACUCCAAUCUGGACUUCCAAGACCUCCAACAGAACCAAAAGAGGGACAGCAUUUGGUGAGAAGUAGGCACAAACAUUCUCAUGAACAGAAAGAAAUAAGUGAGGACUCAGCCACGGGCACAUCCUACAGCGAUCAGCGUAGUGAAAACGAUGAGGAAUGUUCUUGUCAAACAUGUGUCCCAACACAAACAUCAGAUGCACCAGCUAAUCUUCAGCCUGUGGAAGGUAAAUCCGAAGAAGAUGCUGCUACACAAGAGACCAAUGCAUCAAAAAUGUCUAUCACUGGUAAUGAAGCAGAGGAUAAUAAAUCUGCUGCUACUGAUCAAGAUAACACUGACAAAAGUACAACCGUAAAUCAACAAAUGGAAGAAGAAAAUGCUGCUGAAACAGAAGUUGAAGCCAAAUGCACAAAUGAGGCUGAGGAUGAGAUUGAGAAUACAAAAGAGACUGUAGGGGAAAUGGAACGAGAUAAUGAUGAAGAGAAAGAAACUAUAAGUCAGAAUGAGAACGAGGGUGAGGAUGAAGAGACUUUUUCCUCUAGAGUAGAUGAAAACAUUGAAGUAACAGAAGAUGGUGUUUCAGUGGAAGAUCCUGCUGAUGAGGAACUUGCUACACAAGAUGCAAUACUGGAAAAGGAGAAUUUUGAUGCCACCAUAGUUGAUGAAUCUGACGCAUGUUCAAACACAGAAGCAGAAACAGCUGAGGAGGAGGCUCCUGUCAAAACUGCAGGCGAGUCUGGUGACGAAGAGGAAGAGAAAGACAUCAGUGGAAAUGAACAUGAAUCAGGAGAAGAUGAGGAAACAGAAACAAAUGAAUUAUCAGCUAAUGAAGCAAUAACAGAAAAUGAACUGGUCAAAAACUCUGGCAAUGUUAUAAGUGAAGCAGAGUCUAACACCAAAGAAGAAGACAAUACCAUAGUCGGAGAAAACAUAGAAGAACCUUCUGCAGAGCCCACAGAAGCAGCCUCCAUUAAAGAAACCAGUGACAAUGAGGUUGACCAAGAAAAAGACAAUAACAGCAAUGAUGAGGAAGACAGAGAAGAGGUAAAAACUAAAAGCAAAGCUGAAUCAGACCAGGAAGAGGAGACAGAUAAGGGACUAGAUGAAACCACUGAUGCCAAUAUGUCUGCAAAUGAGGAAAAUGAAGCCAGUGAUCUCAAAGUCAGAAGUGAGGAGCAAUCUGAGGCAAAAGAAGAAACUAAUUCAGAAGUAGCAGACGAUACUGAGAAAAAUAUUGAAAGUCAAAAAGAAAGUAUUGAAGAAUCUGACAAAGAUGAGGGAGACACUGAGAAAGACAACAACAUAGAUCUAACUGAACAAGACAUUGUUGCUAAUGAAUCAACAAAUGCACAAGAGGAAGUGAUCGAGGAUGAAGCUGUAGAAGAUGAGGCUGGAGGUGAAAUCGAAAGCUCUGACAAAGGAGAGGAAACUGAUAAUGUUAACGAGGAGGAGUGUAAUGAUGAAGAAGAAGAGGAGGAGAUUUCUGUUGAAAAUGAAACAAAAGAGGAAAAAACUGAGGAGGGUGAUAACACAAAUGAAGAUGUUGCUGAAGCUGACAAAGCAGAAAAUGAAUCUGACACAGCAAAUGAAACAAAAGAAGGAGAGUCAGCUGAUGAGGAAGAGGAAAAAGAGAUUUCUGCCGAAAAUAUGUCAAAUGAAGAUGAGGACCCAGGUGAUGAAGUAAUUGAAAAUUCACAAAAUGAUGAAAAUCAAACAAAGGAAGAAGCUAUUGAGGUUGAUGAUAACACAAAAGAUGUUGCUGAAGCUGAAGCUGAUAAAACAGAAAGUGAAGCUGAAGCAGCAGAUGAAACAAAAGAAGAGUCAGCUGAUGAGGAAGAGGAGGAAGAAGAGAUUUCUGCAGAAAAUGCAAAUGAAGACGAGGGAACAGGUGACGAAGUAACAGAGAAAAAUGAUGAAGAUGUAACAAAGGAGGAAGCAAAUGAGGUUGAUGAAAACACAAAUGAAGAUGAUGCUGAAGCUGACAAAACAGAAAAUGAAUCUGAAACAGCAGAGGAAACAAAAGAAGAUGAAGAGGCAGCUGAUGAAGAAAAAGAAGAAAUUGCUGUAGGAAAUGCACCAAAUGAAGAUGAGGGAACAGGUGAUGAAGUAACUGAAAACUCACAAAAUGGUGAGGAUGAAACAAAGGAAGAAGCUAUUGAGGUUGAUGAUAACACGAAUGAAGAUGACGCUGAAGCUGACAAAACAGAAAAUGAAUCUGAAGCAGCAAAUGAAACAAAAGAAGAGUCAGCAAAUGAGGAAGAAGAGGAGAUCUCGGCAGAAAAUGCACCAAAUGAAGAUGAGGGAGCAGGUGCUGGCAUAACUGAGAACUCACAAAAUGAGGAAGAUGAUGCAAAGGAGGAAGCCACUGAGGUUGAUGAUAGCACAAAAGAUAUUAAUGAAGACAAAAAUGAAUCUGAAGCAGUGGAUGAAACAAAAGGAGACGAAGAGUCAGCUGAUGAGGAAGAGCAGGAAGAAGAAGAGAUUAUUGCAGAAAAUGCACCAAAUGAAGACGAGGGAACAGGUGAAGUAGCUGAGAACUCACAAAAUGAUGAGGAUGAUAAUGCAAAGGAGGAAGCCACUGAGGUUGAUGAUAACACAAAAGGUAAAACAGAAAGUGAAACUGAAAGUGAAGUGAAAGAUGCCAAUGAAACAAAAGAAGAGUCAGCAGAUGAAGAAGAGAAGGAAAAGGAGGAGGAGGAGACUGCUGCAGAAAAUGCACAAAAUGAGGAAGAGGGAACAGGUGAUGUGACAACUGAGAACUCACAAAAUGAUGAGAAUGAAACACAGGAGGAUGCUACAGAUGUUGACGAUAACACAACAGAGAAUCCAUCUGAAGCUGAAGAGGAAAAAGGAGACGAAGAAGAAGCUGAGUCAGCAGGUGAGGAAAUGAAUAAUGAGACUGAGGAGAAAGGUGCUUCAGGUGAAGAAGCUGAUGAGGAAGAGGAGGGAAAUGAGAAAGACGUAACAGAAGACGAUAAUAAUGAGCCUCCUUGUGAAAACUCUGACAUCGACAGUGCAAAUGAUGUGGAGAGCGACGAGGAAAAAAGUGAAAAUGAGAAUGUGGAUAUAGCUGGAGAAAAUGCAGAAGAAUCAAAUCAAGAGGAAGAGGGCACUCCCGUCUCCAGUGGAGAUGAGUCUACAAAAGAAAUGCAAGAUACUACCACAGCUUGUGAUGCAAAGGAAGAAACAACAGAACAAAAGUCUGAUGAAGAUGAGGCUACUGAAGAAGUCAAUGAACCAGCAGAAAACAAUACAGAGGCCCUUGAAGAUCAAAAUGAAAACCUAUCAGAAGAUGAAGACAAGACCUCUUUAACUCAAGAGCAGUCUGAAAAUGACACAGCUGAAGUGGCCAAGCCCAGCACCAAAGAUGAAGACAAUCCUACAGCUGAAGACAAUACUGAAGAACCUCCUGCUGAGCAUCAAGAAGCAGCUUCCAUUGAAGAAACCUGUGACAAUGAGGCUAGCCAAGAAAAAGAAGAUAACAGCAUUGAUGAGGAGGAUGGAGAAGAGGAUGAGGAAGAGGAGGAGGAUACACCUCUAACUAGUGGAGAUGAAGAUGGCACGGCAGGUGAAGAUGCAAAUGAAGAAGAUAUCACUGAUGAAGAACCUGAGCUCCCUGAAGACGAAAAUGUUGAAACCUUUGAGGAAAAGUCUGAUGAGGACAUGACCAAAGAGGAUGAAAAUGUAGAUACCAAGUCAAAUGAUGAAAAUGACAAAACCCCUGUCACAAGUGGAGAUGAGUCUGCAAAUGAGGAUGAUGCUGAAACUCAAUUGACAGAAGAUGCAAAAACUGAACAAGAGUCAGAUGAAGAAGAGGAAACAGGAACAGGCAAAGAGGAAAGAGAAGAUGAAGAGACAGAUAAGGAAACCAGCGAGAAAGAAGCAAGUGAACAAAAAAAUGUUGAUGACGAGACUCCUGUUACUAGUGGAGAUGAGUCUGUAAAUGAGAGCAGUGAUGAAGAUGAGGAGAAUGAUGAAGCAGAUGGGGAGAACAAUAAUGUCAAAUCACCUGAACCUCAGUCACAAAAUGAGGACAAUGGAAAUGUUUCUGAAUCAAGUGCUGCCAAAACUGAGGAUGAAAAAGACUUGAAUGUAAAAGAAGAUAGUGACUGUGGAUCAGCAGAUGAGGGGGUUUCAAAAGCCACUUCAGAUGAUGGAAAGACAAAAUCCACAGUGGAAAAUAAUUCAGAAGAUGUAAACGAGCCACUUGAUAAGGAUGAGGAAGAAAACAAUGAAUCUAAGUCGGAGCAAAAUGACGAGGACAUAGAGGGAAAAGAGACUGAAGAAAAUGAAUCUAUUGACAAUGAAGAAAAAGUCAGCGCAGAAAGCGAUGCUGAUAGUGAAGAGAGUCAAAGUGAAACAGGUGACGAGAGAAUUACAAAUGACUCUAGUUUUGACAACGAAAAACAGGAAGAUAACCAGGCAGAGGAGGCUCAGCAAGAGAAUGUUACUGAGACAGAGGUCACAGAGGUGAAGCCUGAUGGCGUUGAUAAUGUUGAAGAAAUCUCAUUGAAGAAUGAACCAGAAGAAGAAUCAAAACUGGAAGACAUUGAAGAAUAUGAUGAUGGCCAGCAAAAAAUAAAAGAAGAAGUGAAUAACUCUACUAAAGAACAAGAAAAAGAUUUAAAAAGUGAUGCUCCUUGA